GUCUACUUUGUCAUAUAUGUCCUAAUGAGUACAUUUUAUUUCUACUUCACAUUGCUGCUUGUUCCGGUUGUUGCUCUUCUGGCCGAUUUUAUCUACCAAGGAGUGGAGAGAUGGUUCCUCCCAUAUGAUUAUCAAAUAGUUCAAGAGAUUCACAGGCAUGAGCCCGAUAGUAGCAAUGCAGAUCAACUGGAGAUAGCAAACGAGCUCACACCAGAAGAAGCAAGAAGCUAUGCGAUAUCCCAAUUGCCUCGCGAAAUCUCAAAGCACACUGGUUUUGCCUUUGAUUCACCUGGUUAUGAGUCAUUCUUCGCAUCCCAAUUGGGUAUAUACGCACCACAGAAAGCGUGGGAUGUGGCUAGGAGAGCCAGCAUGAGGUCACGACCCAAAGCACCAAAGAAGAAUUGAAAGGAGAAAAAGGAAAUGGAUACAUGAGUUGUGUUGUAUAUUUUAGGCUGCCACUUUUCCAGUCUGCUAGUGUGCUCAAUACUGGAAGUUUUGUAUCGAUAUAUAGAAAUCAUCGCUUAGGCAAGUCUGUUUCUAUUGCUUUUAGUUUCCAUUAUUGGUAUUCUUACCAUUAGUAUAGGGACAUGAGACUUUUUCUGUUUAUGUACACAAAAGUUGUUCUCGAUUACAUUCACUAAUUACUAAUUUGCAGAGCU